GAGAUCACAGUGUCUUUGAACAUUUUGUAUAAGGAGAACUGGACAAGGUUGGCAGCUCAGGAGAUUGCCAGGUUCCAAGAGAAGUUGGUGGCAAGGGUAGCCGCUGAUGUUUCCGCACAAUAUGGUGGUGCAAGGGCCUUGGAGUCAGCUCCUGCGUUGGUCGUUGAUGACUACGAGUGGAACUUUGCGAAAGCAUUCCUGUAUUCUCUGACUGUUCUCACUACUAUCGGUUACGGGAGCGUUGCACCUAGGACAGCACUAGGAAAAGCGGUCACCAUAGGGUAUGCAGUUAUAGGUAUACCUCUAACACUUUUAUACCUGUCUGUGGUAGGAGCAUUGCUAUCACGACUAGCUAGGAGCGUCUUCAGCAGAGCACUAUGUUGCUGUCUUUGCACAAAAUGCGGCUACUGUUGCCUCGACGAGAGGACAAUGACUAGCAAAGAAAGAAAGGAAAAAGUUAGAAGACAAGAUGAUUUCAGACAUCAGACCUUGCAUCUACAGGAACCUUAUUACGUCAGGUCUCCGUCAGGGACCAUUAUAUCCGCGUCACAAGCACACAGCGUCAGUACAAACUCAAUCAAAGACAAGACUCAAGGACUAAGCUUUCUAAGAGAUUGUGACUCCAUGAGUUGCACCGAUACAGACUCCAAAGUAUCCUUACGAGGAUUCUCAAUCUUAGCUCCUAUUGCGUUAUGUUUAGCGGCGAUUUUUACUUACAUCUUCUUUGGAGCUCUGGUUCUUUAUCAGUUAGAAGGAUGGAGUCCUAUCGAUGGAGUUUAUUUUUGCUUUAUGAGUCUCAGCACGAUUGGUUUUGGACACUUAGCGCCUGGUGCGACACAGAAGAACGGUGCAUCAUCAGGUACCGUGUGGUUUUGCUCAAUUUAUAUCAUGACUGGCCUAGCACUCACUGCAAUGUGUUUCAAUGUUCUACACGACGAGAUUGUUCAUCGGUUGAGGCACCACGAAAAGGUUUUAAAAGCGAACAAUCAGAAGGUUUUAACAUCAGAAUUCCUUCAUA